AGAUAACGGUGUGACCUAUGACAUUGCUAUUUGCUAAGAGAAUACCGCCUCAUGAGUGCGUGAUUCUGAUACCCCUUAUCCCCAAAUAAGAAAGAAUUUAGACUGGACACUUCAGUCUGUGUCGUUCUUGUGACCAAAUUUCAUCGAUUUAUUCAUAAUUUUAUUUUUAAAGAUACAUGGAUUGUAGUAUAACUAUUUUAAGUAUACGUUUUCUUGAAUUGUACGGUGAAGACGAUAGGUGACAAUGGAUUUUAUAGCUGGUUGUUUAGGAGGUUGUGCUGGGGUAAUCGUAGGUCAUCCUUUAGACACAGUCAAAGUUCACUUACAAGUUCAAUCUCCGACAUCAAAAUACAACACAACUUAUAAAUGUCUUCGUGGAAUAAUCAUAAAAGAUGGAUUUAAAGGUCUUUAUCGAGGGAUGAGUAGUCCCCUUGUUGGAGUAUCGGGAAUAAACGCGAUAAUUUUCGGAGUUUACGGUAUCACGCAAAGAUACAUAAGUCAAGAUAACAGCAUUUUUUCUCAUUUCAUCGCGGGUGGAAUGGCUGGAUUAUGUCAAAGUAUUCUAACUGGGCCGGUUGAAUUAGCUAAAUCUAGAGCACAAAUUUUAGGAAAUGUUAGUGCUACUCAGUGUAUAAAAAAAAUUUUUGAAUCGGAAGGUUUUAAAGGCGUUUUUCGCGGGUUAAACAUCACGGUAAUGAGGGAAAUCCCGGCGUUCGGUUCUUAUUUUGCUUCUUACGAAUAUUUAUCACGAAUGGAAGAUGGAAUCACCUCAACGCCGACGAUGAUUUUAGCCGGAGGUACGGCCGGCGUUAUCUCUUGGAUCAUUUCGUAUCCGAUCGAUGUGAUAAAAUCAAGAAUGCAAAUCGACGGAAUGAACGGCAUAAACGAGUACAAAAAUUCAAUGGAUUGUUUAAAAAAAACCGUUGAACAAGGCGGUUAUAGAUCUUUAUUUCGUGGGUUGAUGCCGGCGAUUAUAAGAGCUUUCCCCGUAAACGCGGCUUGUUUCACGGUCGUGACGUGGACGAUGAGAGUCUUGAAUGACGAUCUGGUGAUUGAACACAAGGAUAAUACGCUGUGGGAUGGCGGCGUUUUGUAUUCAACGGUCGUCUAUAACAUGCAAACGCAAGAACCCGUCGUUGCUUGAGAUGUUAAUGUUUAGGAGUUACCUGAUGGUGUGUUCAGUGACGUGCGAUUAAUGUAGAUUGCAAGGACACGCAGAAUCGAGCCGAUUUUAGGUCGUUUACGUUGUGUAUAACGAUGUACUGUGCCUUCAUGUUUAUUAAUUUUCUGUAUUUAUUUGAAUGUAUAAUAGUGUAGGUCUUAAGACGAGGAAAGGUAUUAAGAUCAAUGUAUAUUAAAAUCAAUGUACAUAAAUUUGUAAAUAAAUUAGAGUUAGAAAAAACA